AUGGAAAGCAGCAAUGUUAAUAUUGUUGGCACUAGUACUUCACAAAAGAUAGACAGGAAAACACAGGAAAAAAACAGAAGAGUUCAUAUGAAGCAUCUUUCUUCUAAGCUAUUUUCUCUUAUUCCUUCCAAUUAUUCUAAGGAGGUGCGGACAAAACAAGACCAUGUUGAUCAAGCCAUUAGUUACAUUGGGGAACUGAAAGAAAGAGUAGAAGUAUUAAAGAAAAGGAAGGAGGAGGUAGCACAAGGCACAAAUGAUCAUUCAAGGAAAUCCAUGUCUACAACUAGUUGUACUAUAAAAACACCUAAUAUGGUUGAAUUUAGAGAGUUGGAUUCAACUCUAGAGGUCAUCAUUUUAACAAGUGGUUUGCAAAAGAAUUUCACAUUGCAAGAGGUUAUUAAAAUCAUAGAGGAAGAAGGAGCUCAAGUUGUUACCGCUAAUUAUUCAACACUUGAAGAUGCAAUUUAUUAUACUAUCCACGCUCAGGUGAAAAUUACGAGAUUAGGGGUUGAUGCGUCAAGUAUCCAUUUGAGAUUACAAAAUCUGCUUUUCUAA